GGCUGCCUUCCUUGCAUGGGGCCUUGCAACAACUCUCAUCUGAGGCCUCCAGAGGCAGAGUCUCCUUCAAAGACCCCCAAGAGGAGGAAGAAGCGAUACCUACGGCAUGACAAGCCCCCUUACACCUACCUGGCCAUGAUCGCCUUGGUAAUUCAGGCUGCACCCUUCCGGAGGUUGAAGCUGGCCCAGAUUAUCCGUCAGGUCCAGGCAAUGUUCCCCUUCUUCAAGGACGACUAUGAGGGCUGGAAGGACUCCAUCCGCCACAACCUUUCCUCUAACCGGUGCUUCCAUAAGGUGCCCAAGGACCCUUCAAAGCCCCAGGCCAAGGGCAACUUCUGGGCGGUGGACGUGAGCCUGAUCCCAGCAGAGGCGCUGCGCCUUCAGAACACUGCCUUGUGCCGGCGAUGGCAGAACCGGGGUGCACACAGAGCUUUCGCCAAGGACCUGAGCCCCUACGUGCUCCACGGCCAGCCUUAUCGGCCACCCAGUCCCCCUCCUCAGUCCAGGGAGGGUUUCACCAUCAAGUCACUGCUAGGGGACCCUGGGAAAGAAUCAACGUGGGCCCAGCAGCCUGGGCUAGCUGGACAGAGCAGCCCAGCGCAAGCAGGCACCUGGUCUACGAGGGAAGAAGGGGUGUGCACUGUGCCCUCUAACUCCUCUGAGAAGCCUCUGUGGCCCCUCUGUUCCCUUCCAGGGCCCACAGGAGUAGAAGGGGAGAGUUCCCAAGGGGAAGUCAUCAGGCCUUCUCCCCUUUCCACAGAGCAAAGCACCUGGCCCCUCCACUUACUUCAGGGUUCCCCAGAUCCCACGGGAAUGUCCAGGAGGGGGAGCAGAGCUUCCUUGUGGGGACAGCUACCCACCUCUUAUUUGCCCAUCUACACUCCCAAUGUAGUAAUGCCCUUGGCCACACUACCUCCCACCUCUUGUCCCCAGUGCCCAUCUUCAACCAGCCCAGCCUACUGGAGCGUAGGAACUGAAUCUCAAGGGUCCCGGGACCUCCUCUGUGAUCUAGAUUCCCACUUUCAGGGAGCACCACCCAACAAGAGCAUCUAUGACGUGUGGGUCAGCCACCCUUGGGACCUGGCUGCGCCUGCCCCAGCCUGGCUCCUUUCCUGGUACAGCCUUUGAUAUUUCAGGGCAGACAGGGGCUGC